AAAUUCCCCCAUGUGAUGAUUGGUAUCGGUCUACAGUGGCUCCUAUUCCGACAGGGUUGGGGUGCCACAUCCCACUUGGAGACGGGCGGGUUUGCACGCAGUGCUCCGGACGUGCCACAUCCUAAUAUUCAAUUCCAUUUCCUGCCAUCUACCAUUCACGACCACGGUCGUAAAAUGGGCAGUCAACAUGCGUUCCAGGUCCACGUGGGUCCGAUGCGAUCGACAAGUACCGGGCAAAUACUAAUAACCUCACCCGAUCCGACCAAACCACCUCAUAUCGAUGCGAACUAUAUGGCCAAUGAGCAUGAUCGGGCGGAAAUGCGUGCGAGUAUUCGACUUUCCCGAGAGAUUUUUGCACAGCCUGCACUGGCUAAUGAAUUUGCCGGAAUCGAAUUGGCCCCAGGCCCGAACAAGACAAGUGACCGUGAAUUGGACGAGUUUGUUCGUGCUCUCGGUGACAGUGCAUAUCAUCCGUCGUGCACUUGUCGUAUGGGCUCAAACCCGGAUGAGGCGGCCGUUACGCAACCGAAUUGCAAAGUAUGGGGUCUGGACGGAUUGCGCAUAGUCGAUGCAAGUAUUAUGCCCUCGAUUGUGUCCGGCAAUCUAAACGCGCCAGUCAUUAUGCUUGCCGAACGAGCAGCUGAUCUGAUCAUUAGUGAACAGACCGGUCACAAUGUGAUGCUACCACCGUCUAAAGCAAAAGUAUGGAAACCGAAAUAUCCACGGAAGCAGCGUGAAGGGGAACCGAUGAUCAAAGUGAAUCAGUGA